AAGCCAUUGUCAUUGCCUUCCUGGUGCAGCAUGGCGUUUGGACUUGGUGUUCUCUGCAUGUUACUGUGGGCGAUAACAGGUUCCAGUUGUGAGCAGUGCCGAGAAGGAGCCACGUACUCGGGUGCAGUAAUAUCUCCUAACUUAGAAACCACUAAAAUCAUGCGAGUUCCUCAUGCUGUGUCAGUGUCUGACUGCAUCGCAGCGUGUUGUGACCUCUCUGGUUGUGACUUGUCCUGGAUGUUUGAACGACGCUGCUACAUCGUGAACUGCCAACACAAAGAGAAUUGUGAACCUAAAAAAAUUGAAACUGUAAAGUCCUAUCUCACUUUUGUGCUGAGGCCUUCUCAGAGGCCAGCCUCGCUCCUAGGAUUUGGGCAAGUCAUCCCGAGCAUGGUCCACUCUGUGGGACUCCAGAAUGAGCCGUCUGAGGAAGUGAGUAGCUUGAAGGAGUUGUCUCUGCUUGGUAAAGAUCCCAGCCUGGAGGAAUUACCCGAAUACAUUGAUGAUUAUAAAGAGUUGGAGCAGGACCCCUUUCAGGUGAGCAUCAAACAUGAGCGGAAGGGGAGCACGGAUUAUGCUGACUGGGGCCUGAUGGUGGCAGGUGAAAACGACUUCAACUCUUCAGUGGGUGAUGGUGGAGAUAACCAGGAGGACUUUGCUGAAAAGAAAGAGGAGGCUGAGAAGGUGGAAAGCCUUCGGAAUAAAAACAGCUCUGAACUGAACUCUGUCACUGAAUACUCUGUAGAGAUGUUGUCAUCUCUUCCAGAGGUUACACCGUUCCCUGGGAAGACGUCUGAAAGCAAAGUGGCUGUUCAGCUUGGUGCACAACCCAGUGAUGCUUUGCAAAAAGAGGCUGCUACACCUUCCCCUUCUUCAGACAAACUGGAUUUCUCCCCAGGUGUCUCAGAGAAAACCCAGAUUUCCACAGUGGCCCCAGAGAAUGUUGCUGAAGGUGGUGGAAUCAUGCUGGUUCCCACGAGUACGGUGUCACCUGAGCCCAUGCAGCAGUUCACACCACCUCCUGCUGCUGCUGCUAAAGCAGAUACUGUGAAAGAACUUACUGUAUCUGCUGGAGAUAACAUACAAGUGAUACUUCCCAAAAACGAGGUUGAACUGAAUGCCUUUGCUGUCCCACCACCGCUGACAGAAACAGCCUACACCUAUGAGUGGAGCUUAGUCAGUCACCCUCCUGACUAUGGUGGUGAAAUGGAGCGCAGGCACAGCCAGACCUUGAAGCUCUCUCAUUUGUCAGUGGGACUUUACGCCUUCAAAGUGACGGUUUCUGGAGAAAAUGCCUUUGGUGAAGGUUUUGUAAAUGUCACGGUCAAACCAGCAAUCAGAAUUAACCAGCCUCCUGUUGCUGUCGCUUCACCCAAAGUACAAGAAGUUUCUUUGCCAACAACAUCGACCUUCAUUGAUGGCAGUCAAAGUAUAGAUGAUAUGAAGAUAGUGAGUUACCACUGGGAGGAGAUUAAAGGUCCUUUGAGAGAAGAGAAGGCAUCUGCUGACACGCCUGUCUUGCACUUGUCUAACCUUGUUCCUGGAAACUACACUUUCAG